AUGGCGCCCAAAUCCAAGACAACGCCCAAGAAGAACAAGUACUCCAUCCUCCUGCCGACCUACAACGAACGCCGCAACCUUCCAAUUAUAACCUGGCUGCUCAACCGCACCUUCACCGAAAACAACAUCGACUGGGAACUCAUAAUCGUCGACGACGGCUCGCCCGACGGCACCCAAGAAAUCGCCCUCCAGCUCCAAAAAGCCUACCCCAACCGCAUCCAGCUGCGCGCACGCGCCGGCAAGCUCGGCCUCGGCACCGCGUACGUCCACGGCCUGCAGUAUGCGACGGGCAACUUCGUCGUCAUCAUGGACGCGGACUUCUCGCACCACCCCAAGUUCCUGCCCGAGAUGAUCGCGAAGCAGAAGGAGGGCGACUACGAUAUCGUGACCGGGACGCGGUAUGCCGGAAACGGCGGCGUGUACGGGUGGGACUUGAAGCGGAAGUUUGUGAGCAGGGGAGCGAAUUUGUUCGCGGAUACGGUGCUGCGCCCGGGGGUGAGCGAUUUGACGGGGAGCUUCCGGCUGUAUAAGAAGGAGGUGCUGCAGCGGGUGAUUGGGAGCACGGAGAGUAAGGGGUAUACGUUUCAGAUGGAGAUGAUGGUGCGGGCGAAGGGGAUGGGGUGUAGUGUGGCGGAGGUGCCGAUUAGCUUUGUAGAUCGGGUGUAUGGGGAGAGUAAGUUGGGCGGGGAUGAGAUUGUGGAGUAUGCGAAGGGGGUGUUGAAUCUGUGGUUGAAGGUGUAG